AUGGAAAACAGGUAUUUUGAGAUAAGGUCGAAUAUCAAAUUUUUGGUAAAACUCAAAUGGAAAGGAACACAGAUCAUUGAGGCUUUGGAAAAAGUUUAUGGAACUCGUGCUCCAAAAAAGACUACAGUCUACAAGUGGAUUCAGCGAUUCAAAGAAGGAAGAGACGACUUUGAAGACUUUGAACACUCGGGAAGACCAGGAACCUCAAAAAAUGACGAAAACAUCGAGGCUGCUCGAAAUUUAAUUGAAGAAGAUUGGCGAAUAACUGUCAAUCAGAUAGCUAUGUCCCUAGAGAUUUCCUAUGGGUUGGCAAAUUCAAUUCUUCAUGAUAAUUUGGGACUGAGCAAGCUUUCAGCAUGA